AAAAAGAAAAAAAUGUCAUUAGAAGAGGCGUAACACGUCAGUCCGUCCCCAGGUUUGUGUUUCCUGGAGUGGCCGAAAGAGAUCAGUUCUAACCUGCUCCGCAGGAAUAACGGUCCUGCCUCCCGACACUCUUGGCGAGGUUUUUGUACAGUUUGCUCCGGGAGCUGUUUCUUCGCUUCCACCUUUUUCUCCCCCACACUUCGCGGCUUCUUCAUGCUUUUUCUUCUCACCAUUUCUGGCCAAAACUACAAACAAGACUUCGCAGAUCGAGCCUGCGUGCUGCCGAAGCAGGGCGCCGAGUCCAUGCGAACUGCCAUCUGAUCCGCUCUUAUCAAUGAAGCAGCCGAUCAUGGCGGAUGGCCCCCGGUGCAAGAGGCGCAAACAAGCCAAUCCCAGGAGGAAAAACGUGGUGAACUAUGACAAUGUAGUGGACACAGGUUCUGAAACAGAUGAGGAAGACAAGCUUCAUAUUGCUGAGGAUGACGGUAUUGCCAACCCUUUGGACCAGGAGACAAGUCCAGCUAGUGUGCCCAACCAUGAGUCCUCCCCACACAUGAGCCAAGCUCUGUUGCCAAGAGAGGAAGAGGAAGAUGAAAUAAGGGAGGGUGGAGUGGAACACCCCUGGCACAACAACGAGAUUCUACAAGCCUCUGUAGAUGGUCCAGUGAAGAAUGCAAAUUGCACAUCAGAUUUUGAGGAAUACUUUGCCAAAAGAAAACUGGAGGAACGCGAUGGUCAUGCAGUCAGCAUCGAGGAGUACCUUCAGCGCAGUGACACAGCCAUUAUUUACCCAGAAGCCCCUGAGGAGCUGUCUCGCCUUGGCACGCCAGAGGCCAAUGGGCAAGAAGAAAAUGACCUGCCACCUGGAACUCCAGAUGCUUUUGCCCAACUGCUGACCUGCCCCUACUGCGACCGGGGCUACAAGCGCUUGACAUCACUGAAGGAGCACAUCAAGUACCGCCACGAGAAGAAUGAAGAGAACUUUUCCUGCCCUCUCUGUAGCUACACGUUUGCCUACCGCACCCAGCUCGAGCGGCAUAUGGUGACGCACAAGCCAGGGACAGAUCAGCACCAAAUGCUAACCCAAGGAGCAGGUAAUCGCAAGUUCAAAUGCACAGAGUGCGGCAAGGCCUUCAAAUAUAAACACCAUCUGAAAGAACACCUGCGAAUUCACAGUGGUGAAAAACCUUACGAGUGCCCAAACUGCAAGAAACGUUUCUCCCAUUCUGGUUCCUACAGUUCGCACAUCAGCAGCAAGAAAUGUAUUGGUUUAAUCUCUGUAAAUGGCCGAAUGAGAAACAAUAUCAAGACGGGUUCUUCCCCUAAUUCUGUUUCUUCUUCUCCUACUAAUUCAGCCAUUACCCAGUUAAGAAACAAGUUGGAGAAUGGAAAACCACUUAGUAUGUCUGAACAGACAGGCUUACUUAAAAUUAAAACAGAACCACUAGACUUCAAUGACUAUAAAGUUCUUAUGGCUACACACGGGUUUAGUGGCACUAGUCCCUUUAUGAACGGUGGGCUUGGAGCCACCAGCCCUUUAGGAGUUCAUCCAUCUGCUCAGAGUCCAAUGCAGCACUUAGGUGUAGGGAUGGAAGCCCCUUUACUUGGAUUUCCCACCAUGAAUAGUAAUUUAAGUGAGGUACAAAAGGUUCUACAGAUUGUGGACAAUACUGUUUCCAGGCAAAAAAUGGACUGCAAGGCUGAAGAAAUUUCAAAGUUGAAAGGUUAUCACAUGAAGGAUCCAUGCUCUCAACCUGAGGAACAAGGAGUUACUUCUCCUAAUAUUCCGCCUGUUGGUCUUCCGGUAGUGAGUCAUAAUGGUGCCACUAAAAGUAUUAUUGACUAUACGUUAGAAAAAGUCAAUGAAGCCAAAGCUUGCCUCCAGAGCUUGACUACUGACUCAAGGAGACAGAUCAGUAAUAUAAAGAAAGAGAAGCUACGUACUUUAAUAGAUUUGGUCACCGAUGACAAAAUGAUUGAGAACCACAACAUAUCCACUCCAUUUUCAUGCCAGUUCUGUAAAGAAAGUUUUCCUGGCCCCAUCCCUUUGCAUCAGCAUGAACGUUACCUUUGUAAGAUGAAUGAAGAGAUCAAGGCGGUCCUGCAGCCUCAUGAAAACAUAGUCCCCAACAAAGCCGGAGUUUUUGUUGAUAAUAAAGCCCUCCUCUUGUCAUCUGUACUUUCUGAGAAAGGAAUGACAAGCCCCAUCAACCCAUACAAGGACCACAUGUCUGUACUCAAAGCAUACUAUGCUAUGAACAUGGAGCCCAACUCCGAUGAACUGCUGAAAAUUUCCAUUGCUGUGGGCCUUCCUCAGGAAUUUGUGAAGGAGUGGUUUGAGCAACGGAAAGUGUACCAGUACUCAAAUUCCAGGUCCCCAUCCCUGGAAAGAAGCUCCAAGCCGUUAGCUCCCAACAGUAACCCUCCCACAAAAGACUCUUUAUUACCCAGGUCUCCCGUAAAACCUAUGGACUCCAUAACAUCACCAUCUAUAGCAGAA